AUGGAAACAUUAUAUGAAAAUAUACCUAGUGAUUCUGAAUCCAUUGAUGGAUUGUGUGAUUCUGAGGAUGAAGAUGUUGAUAUUUCUGAUGUUGAGACUAGAAUAAAUCAGGAUGUGGAGCUUUCAGAAGAAAGUGACGUUGGAAUGGAUAGUGUUGAUGACAGUUACAAUGAAUCAAAUGAAAUUCUUACAGUACGAUUAGCAAAUUUAGAUGGAAUUUGGGAAAAAAAAUCAAGAUCAAAAGAUGACACCCCUUUCACUAAAAAUUCUGGUCCAAAUAUUCCGGAUUCAGCCAAAACUCCGUUGGAUAUUUUUUUGUGUUUAUUUCCUAAUGAACUUAUAGAGUUGAUUGUUCAUCAAACUAAUCUUUAUAGUGCUCAAAUAGAGAAGAAGCCGUUCAAUGUUGUUACAAAGGAUGAAAUAUUGAAAUUCUUAGGUUUGAACAUUUUUAUGGGUGUAAAGAAACUGCCAUCCUAUCGUGAUUUUUGGUCAAGAAAUGAAAUGCUCCAUGACACAUAUGUCUCAAAUGUAAUGACUGUCAUCCGCUUUGGAUACUUAUUAUCUCAUUUUCACCUAAACGACAAUUCAAAUGAACCAAAGAAGGGGCAGCCAGGAUUUGAUAAGUUAUAUAAAAUCAGACCUUUACUCGAUAAACUAUCUGAAACUUUCAAAACCUGCUACAAACCAAAUCAGUACCAAUCAAUCGACGAAAGUAUGAUUCGCUUCAAAGGAAGGAGUUCAUUGAAACAAUACAUGCCGAUGAAGCCCAUAAAACGUGGCUAUAAGGUUUGGGUACGUGCAGAUGAAAGUGCUUUUGUGUGCGAGUUUCAGGUUUACGUAGGAAAAUCAGAUAAUAAUCAGUCGGAGAAGUCAUUAGGAUCAAGGGUGGUGAAAGAUCUAACUCGAACAAUUGUCGGAGAUAAUCACCGAGUAUUCUUCGAUAAUUUUUUUACCAGUACUGAACUUAUGAUUUCCUUGAAGACUGAAAAUAUUAUGGCAUGUGGAACUGUAAGGAGCAACAGAGUCGGUUUACCCAAGACACAAAAGAAAGAUAAGGAUAUGGUAAAAGUUACGAUAGAUGUCAAUCGACGAAUGAAAGAUGGUUCGACAAAAAUUAUAAGCUGUCCUGAAAUGGUAAAGGAAUAUAAUAAGCACAUGGGCUAUGUCGAUAAGGCGGAUAUGUUGAAAUCCUUAUACGAAGUUGAUAGAAAGUCAAAGAAAUGGUGGCUGCGAAUAGUUUGGCACUUUCUUGAUGUUUGCGUGACAAACGCUUUUAUCAUUUACAAACAAAGUAGCAGUGCAAACAAUCUAUCGCUAAAAAAAUUGAGACUUGCGCUCGUAGAUGGAUUGAUUGGUGGAAGUGUUCCUACGAAAAAAGGCAGGAAACGUUCUUCCGUUGACUGUGCUCAGACAUGUAAGCCACAGGUGUCCCUCCAAAAGAGACAUGCUUCUGCGGCUCACAUGCCUCAAAUGAUCGAGGAGAAGAAAUCGAGACGUUGCACUCAUUGCUCAACUAAAAUCAAUCCAAGAGUCACAAAAUGGAAAUGUAGCACCUGCAAUGUACCUUUGUGUCUCUUACUCGAUCGCAAUUGUUUCGCAGAAUACCACGCUUGA